CCUCAAAAUCAGAGCUCAAAAUCAAUGACACAAAUUUGAUUAAUCCUCAAAUAAACGAUAAACUUUGGAUCAAGAAGCAAUAAACAUAAAUCCUACGGUAGUAACCGUAGUGUUCCUUAAAAACGGAGAUUUCAGUACAUGAUUGAUAAUUGUAUCAAAAAGUUAAAACUGAUAUACGAAGUAGUAUAUGAUUAUUUGUUGCAACGGCGUAGAUGAUGCUGGUGUGGGAAGGCAAAUGAUGGAUGAAGUUAAGCAAUUGAAUCCAUUGUCACCUGGGCAGUACCCGCUGCUGUGAAUUUGACAUCUCGAAACUGAAUCCAGUAGGUUAUUCCAAAACCAGAGAGCGCGAAAGAGAAGAAUCAAUAACUAAGUAAGGAUCAAUCAGCAGGAAAUUCUCGCUGGCAGUCGAGCAAUGACGGCCAGAGCUUGUCUUCUCUCCUACUAUCACGCUCUUCCGGAGCGGCACUGUUCAACCGAGUCAACAUCUACCAAGAGAAGGUUAAGCUAUCGCUCUCACAAGUUCGAGUUUGGGGCUCCGUUUUCAAAGGAGCGGUGCAUUAGACGAGGAUUGAUCAGGAGGACGGGCUGGAUUGCCUGGGCGGAUGUCAAGUCCAAAGAGUUUGACAUUGCGGACUCGGAGCAGGAAUCCGUCAACCGUGAGGGUGCUUUAGGCGACGGCAUUUGGACGAACGGUGAUGGAGAGAGCACAUCGGGAUUCCCCAAGCGUUGGGUUAUCGUGCUUCUGUGUUUCUCAGCCUUUCUACUCUGCAAUAUGGAUAGAGUAAACAUGAGCAUAGCCAUACUCCCAAUGGCAGCAGAGUUUCAUUGGAGUCCUACAACUGUUGGUUUGAUUCAAUCUUCCUUUUUUGGGGGCUAUCUCUUAACUCAGAUUGCAGGGGGGAUAUGGGCUGACACUGUUGGUGGCAAGCUUGUCUUGGGGUUUGGUGUAGUAUGGUGGUCUAUAGCUACUGUCCUCACACCAAUUGCAGCAAAUCUUGGGUUACCUUUCUUACUUGUUGUCCGAGCUUUCAUGGGGAUUGGUGAGGGUGUUGCCAUGCCAGCGAUGAGUAAUCUUCUUUCAAAGUGGGUUCCAGUCUCAGAAAGAAGCAGAUCACUGGCCCUAGUGUACAGUGGAAUGUAUCUUGGAUCUGUAACUGGCCUGGCAUUUUCACCAAUGUUAAUCCAUAAGUUUGGCUGGCCUUCUGUCUUCUUUUCCUUUGGUUCUUUAGGCACUGUUUGGUUCGCUCUGUGGCAUAAGAUGGUAGAUUCACACAAUUCCCCUCUCGAAGAUCCUGAUUUGCUGCCUUCAGAAAAGAAGCUCAUUCUUAGCAACAGCAUUUCCAAAGAACCUGUAAAAUCCAUUCCAUGGAAAUUAAUUUUAUCAAAACCACCUGUUUGGGCCUUGAUAGUGUCUCACUUCUGCCACAAUUGGGGAACUUUUAUUAUCCUUACAUGGAUGCCUACGUAUUAUCACCAGGUGUUGAAAUUUAACCUUACUGAAUCAGGAAAUUGUGCUGUUUUGCCAUGGCUUACCAUGGCAGUCUCUGCAAAUGUCGGAGGAUGGAUUGCAGAUUCAUUGGUGAGGAAAGGUGUAUCAGUGACUGUAGUGAGGAAGACAAUGCAGACUAUUGGGUUUCUUGGCCCUGCUUUCUUUCUAACUCAGCUGAGUCAUGCUGAAACUCCUGCAAUGGCAAUUCUGUGCAUGUCAUGCAGUCAGGGAAGUGAUGCUUUCUCACAGUCUGGAUUAUACUCAAACCAUCAGGAUAUUGGUCCUCGGUACUCAGGGGUGCUUCUAGGACUAUCAAAUACAGCUGGAGUGCUAGCUGGUGUUUUUGGAACUGCAGCUACUGGAUACAUCCUGCAACAUGUGAAGGGGAGUCUUGGCGCGCCGGUUAGGUGUUGUUGUGUGACCGAGAGGUAAAAAGUUCAAGUCUUGGGAGCAGCCUUUUGUAAAAAAAAAUGACAAGGGAACUCUGGCUGCUUAUUCAUCCUUGUGGCAGGACCGUUCCCCUGACCCUUGCCUUGCGGGGGCCUUCAUGCACCGGGCUGUCCUUUUUUUUAUCGGGUUUAAAGCACUUUUCUCAACAAGAAGCAUCACAUUGGUUCUUCUUUUAAAGUUCCCUUUAAUAAGUCAUCCCAAAUGGACUGGUUUCCAUUUAGUUACACAUGAUAUUUUCCAUUUCCUCGUUCCGUGUAUUCUUUUUCUUAAGGAAAACUACAACAUGUUGGGAUUCAGAGUUUUGCUUCGUGUACACACCGGGUUAUACACUGGCUUACACACCCAAGUGUAAUUGUUUACGCACAAACAAUUACGCUUGGAUUUAGUAAAGGGAAGUGUUUGUGAUUUUGGAUUGUCUCUGCACAAACAAUUCUUUUUUUGAAGUCACAAACACUUCUCUUUACUAAAACCCAAGCGUAAUUGUCGGUGCACAGAAAAUUACACUUGAGUGUGUAAGGCAAUGUGUAAUCAGGUGUGUACACGAAGCGAAACUUUGUUCAAGUGUGCUCCAAUUCAAUUUUGAAAAUGAAAUUUAAAAGUUUUUGUAGGUGGAGGUGAUUGUGGGGCAUAUAUAGGUAGGUAGGUAAUGGUGAUUGGUGAGGCUUAGUUAGGUAGGGUGGGAGUGUUGUAGAGAUCAUAUGCAAAAGCUCAUGUAUGGUUUUGAACUUGGCAGAAAACGGAUAAUAUAUUCACCCCACCCCACGUUUAAAAAAGUAUUUGCACCAGACUGCCACUAAUUAUAUACCAAAUGAAUGGCAGGGGGGUUAUUAGCACAUGUAGUGUCACUUUUAGGAAACAUUAUGUGAAACCAAACUGAUUGAUGGCAUUACUUUAUUGUUCCUUAUUAAGCUGUAGAUGCAAUUCGUGAUAUAAAUCAUGACUUUUGUCUUAACGUCUCAGGUUCUUGGGAUGAUGUUUUUAAGGUUUCAGUGGGGCUUUACUUGGUUGGAACUGUGGUAUGGAAUCUCUUUUCAACUGGAGAGAAGAUUUUAGACUGAGUCUCUCAUUUCGGUGGUGGAUCCAGUUCAUACUUUGGGCAUGAACAUGGGCAAGUCCAGAGAUUCAUGUGAUUGCACAACAAAUCGUGUAAACUUGAAUUUGGGUCAAUUGAUGUGUCGAUUUCCAUGAUACCACCAACCAGUUUUAUCCAUUCAUUCACCAGUUGAGUAGAAGCUAGGAAGAACGGGUGUCAAAAGAAUAUAACAUCUGAGACGCAUUGUUGUAUAUAUAGUAGUAUAGUAUGUGAAGUGACUUUGAUGAAAAUGUGGCAAAAAUCGUCUUUGACCUUUCCAUUGUUAAACCCACAUUGUAUAAAUAAGAAUCUCGGGGUUUUAUUCUGGGGAUAUGCUCCACGAGUCCACAUGUUAACCUUAGGGAGUGAUGAGUUUGAUAAUGUGAUUAUCUUUGUAAUGUUAAAA